GCAGAGUGAAGUGAUACUCGAACCUCAAACGACGUAUCGUUUCUCAGCGGCUGAAUAGCAACAGUUCAUAUAUCGCGGUUGGAUAUCCUAAAUAAGCAGUCAUGGUGGCCAUGGCAAAGAGAGUGAAAACCUUUCAAAUAAUCUUUUCGGACCCCAGCAAGACAUUUUACUGCGGCGGGGACAAGGUGUCUGGCCGGGUACAAGUGGAGGUGAACGAAGUGACUCGUGUGUCCGCGGUUAAGCUUCUGGGUGUGGGCUGCGCCAAGGUGGAGUACGCGAAAGGCAAGCAGCGGUGCCGACAGGAGGCCGAGUACCUCAGACAUGAAGAGGUACUGCUACUGGACGACCAGCCCAAAGACUCGGAUGGAUCAGUCGUCCUGAGGCCUGGCAACAAAUAUGAGUACAUGUUUGGAUUUGAGCUCCCCCAGCAAGGGCAGCUGGUGUCGUCCUACAAGGGGAAGUUUGGCUAUGUCCAGUACUAUGUGAAGGCCCUGAUGGAGAGGCCACAGCAGCCCACCUUUGAGUGCAAGAAAGCCUUUGAAGUGGAGGAGCCCCUGGAUGUCAACACCCCAGACCUGCUGUCUCCCUCAGGUGGCAUGAAGGAGAAGAAAGUCACCUGCAUGUUCAUCCCUGAUGGCCAGGUGUCACUAAACGCAAAAAUUGACCGCCGUGGCUUCUGUGAAGGUGAAGACAUCUGCAUCAACGCAAAGUUUGAGAACACCUGCUCUCGCAUUGUGGUGCCCAAGGCUGCCAUCAUCGCCAAACACACUUACCAGGCCAACGGCCGCACCAAGGUAUUCCGCCAGAAGUUGUCUUCGGUGCGCGGCAACCACAUAAUCUCCGGCAUGUGUGACGCCUGGCAAGGAAAGACCAUCAGGGUGCCAAAGAUCAAACCCUCUAUGCUGGGCUGCAACAUAAUCCGUGUGGAGUACGCUCUAAUGAUUUACAUCCACAUCCCUGGUAGUGAGAAGCUGAUACUAGAGCUGCCUCUGGUCAUUGGUACUGCUGGUCUUGGCAGCCGCAGCAACAGUGUAAGCAGCCAGGAGGGUUCGGUCAGCAAUUCCUCCCAGAGCUGGGUGUCCCUCAGGAUGCCCUCUGAGCCUCCCAGCUACUGUGACCUCACCCGUGACUGCCGCCUGGACCAGCCCCUCACACCGCUCCUGGACGAUGUUGAUGGUGAUGACAGCCCCAUCUUCAUGAACACCCCAGCCUUUCAGUUCCCGCCAACUUCGACAUGCAGUGAGGCUGAGGAGGAGUACCAUGGCAACGCUCGCAUGCUGCCGGUCUGUUGAAAUCCAGCAGGGAUUCUACAACUGUGGUCCAGCUCUCAGGGACCAUUCAUCUUAAGCACUUGAAAAGGAGCAGAAGGUCCAAACUCCAGAGAAGAUGUGUUGGAUUCAGAAGUGUAGCCAGGACUGUGGAAAUGGACAAAAAGAAGCUUGCCUGCUCUGUCUGCUGCCUUCACCGCGCUUCAUCACCUACGCUGAUCUUGAGUCUUCCACCUGGUGCCGUUCAGGUCAUGGACACAGAGGCAGUGGUGCUCUACAUUUGUGAAUGAGCUGUCCCUUCCAGAGACUCCAACCUUCAGGAUCUCACUGUCCAUUCACAGACACUUUAUGACUUUGUUUUUGGGGCCAAGCAUUGUAUGAGUCAGACCUCAGCCUGCUGUGAAAUGUUGCUUUUUUGGGGUGUGUCUUUUCCCCAUAAUGCAGUGUUUCCCACGGAAUUAGAGUACAUUCGUGGUAGUGGCACUGAAAAAAGUUGUGCGGGUUUGAAAAAAAUACUUUAUUUUGAUAUAUUUUGAUUUUUUGAUUUUUUUUUUUCUUCAAAUGAGGGGUUUGAGAUGAGCUAAGCUUUAUUUACAUGUAAUCUGAAGAGAACGUCAGUCGUCUGUACCCUACAAUCCACUGCCCUAAAGCCUGGCAUCGCCACACAGUUAGCAUAUGGUAAUUCUUCCAUGACUUCACCUGGAAGUCCCAAUCACCAGGUAUGUUAAGUCUGUUUCUCUCUGUAGUAUUUUUUUUCACAAAGAACCUUGCUGGGUAAAGUUAUCUUAUGACGAUUUCCACUGCAUGGCCUCAACUCUACUGGCCUUUUUUGGUUUUCCAUUUUUUUUUAAAAGUCCCUGGUACCUGCUAACAGGAAGUUUUUUUUAGUACCACCUCCAUCGAGGUUCCAGGCGAGCUGAGGCAAUGCUAAAAGGUGACGUGAAAACAUUGAUUGGUCGGAGAGAAUCAUCACUAAUCACUGCAUCAUAAUUGCUAGUGACAGACGGGGUUGUGUCCUGAACCAACCCGCAGUGUUUAAAUAGUUUAGCCAUCUUUUUUUUGCUGCCUCCAGCUUCUUUUGAAACUAAUUUGUCUUCUGGCAAAAAGCCACAUGCCAAGAAUCAAAAGCAACACACCUUCGGCGUUUUAGUGUGUCGCGUUAGGUCACAGCAGUUUCCCAUGGAAAUGACAAUCAGCCAAGCUCGCCUCACGCAUGAGGCGCUACUAAUCUGCAAUGGAAAAAGGAGGAAGGGGCACCGCAGUCGAGCCGAGUCAAGCAGGUACCAUUAGUGGAAAAACUUUAUAUGAAAAACAAUGGCAAAGAGAAACAGACUUACUUGUGGCCUGGGAGUUUCAGGAAAUCUUGUGAAAGCUGUUGUCAUGGUAAAGUCAGAGGGUUACUGCAGUCAAGCAAGUCAGUCAAUGUAAGGGACACCCUAUAAUGCUUUGUCAUUCCUGUCAAACCCAGUUUUUUGUUUUUUAAGAGAUUUCCUUUGAGGAAUCCUCCUUUUUGUUGAUUCCAGUCUGUUUGUAUUGCUGUAAAGACUUGUCAGGAAUAUUGUUGCCGUUUGAGAAUUGCAGCAUGUAGAAUAAUCUUCCUCGGAUGCUGAUAGAACCUUAAGCUUCGUCCAUAUUUUCUUUUGCACCAGUGUUUAAAAAGAAAAGAGGUUUGUUCCUAUAUUUUAUUGCACUUUUUGAUUAAUGCAUUUUACUCUACUACUGCCUCAAAGAGUUUUUGUUUGUUAUGUUUUGUUUGAACAAUGGUUGUGAUGUAGAGAGUAAAAUUUCUCGAGGUAAAACACUCUAAACUUGUUGGAAUCUCACCUUGAUUUUCAAAUCCAAAUAUUAAUGGCCUAACAUGAUCCAAACACCACCGAUGUCGCACCUGGUGGGGUGCACCUGAGCGCUUGUGAGGAGAGUCAUUGUAUCUGAUCUGCUGUUGUCAUAGACAACAUUUCAUUGUGGUGGUUUCACAACUUCUGUUCUUUCAGGGCGCAAAGAAAAUCACUGUUAAAGACUGAUUUGUGAUAAAGUAAGUUUGCAAUACGUCCUUGAUACUUAUAAGUAUUUUUGUAUGAAACCCUUUGGGUUACUUUUUUUAUUAAAGAAAUGUUGAAAAAUA